GCUCACUAGGGACGCGGAACCUCCGCCUCCGCCUCCGCUGCCGCCGCGGCCUUCCGUGCGGGCUCCCGAAUUAGACUUCUGUUUUCCCGCUGCCUAGCCCCAGGCUCACUCGGCCGCAGCUCCAGCGUCUGCGGCGCGGCGACCCUCGCUCCGUGGGCCGCGGACGCCCCGGCCCGAUGCUGCGCUGGCUGAUCGGAGGAGGCCGCGAGCCGCAGGGCCUGGCCGAGAAAGCUGCUUUGCAGACAAUAGGAGAGGACCAAGGUCAGAACCCCUACACUGAACUGCUGGUGCUGAGGGCUCACCGGGACAUUGUCCGCUUCCUGGUGCAGCUAGACAGCUACAGGUUUGCAUCUGCCGGCGAUGAUGGAAUUAUAGUUGUGUGGAAUGCCCAGACAGGAGAAAAGCUUCUGGAACUCAGAGGACACACUCAGAAGAUAACGGCUAUCACCGUGUUUCCUCCCCUAGAUUCUUGUGAGGCUGGCAGUCAGCUUCUCUUGACAGCCUCGGCUGACCGGACUGUCGGUGUUUGGGAUUGUGACACUGGCCGGCAAAUCCAGAGAGUCACAUGCUUCCAGUCUACUGUAAAGUGCUUAGCUGUUCUUCAGAGACUGGAUGUGUGGCUCUCAGGUGGUAGUGACUUAGGUGUGUGGAACCGAAAAUUAGAUCUGCUGUGUAAGACCAGCCACCUUUCUGAUACAGGGAUCAGUGCAUUGGUUGAAAUCCCUGGAAACCGUGUCGCUGCAGCAGUUGGCAGAGAAUUGAUAAUUUUUAGGCUUGUAAUGCCCACAGAAGAAUUGCCAGAAUGGGAUAUUAUUGAAGUCAAACGCCUUCUUGAUCACCAGGACAAUAUUCUGUCAUUGGCUAACAUCAAUGAUACAAGUGUCGUCACUGGCUCCCACGUUGGGGAGCUGAUCAUCUGGGACACCCUGGACUGGACUGUGCAGGCCUGUGAGCGCACCUUCUGGAGCCCGACUCCACAGCUGGAUGCCCAGCAGGAAAUAAAGCUCUGCCAGAAGCAAAAUGACAUUUCUAUUAAUCACUUCACAUGUGAUGAAGAGAAUAUAUUUGCUGCAGUUGGAAGGGGGUUAUAUGUGUAUAACCUACAACUGAAGCGUGUGAUUGCCUGCCAGAAAACGGCCCAUGAUUCCAACAUCCUACACACUGACAAACUUCCAAACAGGCAGUUAAUCUCGUGCUCGGAAGAUGGCGCUGUGCGCAUGUGGGAGGUCCGAGAGAAACAGCAGCUGGCCGCUGAGCCCGUCCCAACAGGGUUUUUUAAUAUGUGGGGAUUUGGAAGAGUAAACAAACAGGCCAGCCAGCCUGUUAAGAAGCAGGAAGAAAACGUCACCACGUGUUCCCUGGAGCUCAUCGGAGAUCUGAUCGGACACUCAUCAUCCGUGGAGAUGUUUCUGUACUUUGAAGAUCAUGGACUAGUGACGUGCUCUGCGGAUCAUCUCAUUAUUUUGUGGAAAAACGGAGAGCGAGAAUCUGGAUUACGCAGCUUAAAGUUAUUUCAGAAGUUAGAAGAGAAUGGUGACUUAUACCCAGAGUCCACUUGAAGGAGCUGGACAAGUGUGCACACAAGAACCCUGCACAUCCAAUGUAGCACGGUACUCUGAAAACAAACCAUCAACACAUCGGUCCCUCAGAUCCAUAUUGUUUUCUUGCCUGUGAAGUUCUGUCUGUCGGCAACAUGUGUCCACCCGAGAGCACAACAUGGCCCUGCUGCUGUGCAAGGGCGGGGUGCUGUGUUCUGUGUCUUAAAGCAGUAGAAAAAAAGAUAAAUGUAAAGUUGUCACACAUUAUUUACAAGUUUUAUUUCGGGCUCCUUUAGAGACUGUUUGAGACUUGCCAUGAGAGAUAUAUUCUUUCUGCUACAAAUUCUCUGCUCCUCGGUGUCCAAUAGAACCAAACUUGAAUAUUAUCC